CGAAGCAUUCCUGGGGCUUCCGCCCUAUCCUUUUACAAAGUCCUGGCUUUGGCUGGUGCGACCAAAGAGAGGAAACCGGCGCUUGAGACUUGUCUGGGCUGGCUAUGGUGAAGCAGUGAAACGGUGCAGAAUUGUGACAAUGAGGCUAAUUCAGUUGUGCAAGAAGAGCAUUUCCUCAAAGUAAGACAGAAGCUUUUAGUUACGUCAACACCUGCAAAUGUUAGGCUGGCCAGAAAUUUCCUGACAAAUAAUGGGUGAUGGUCAGGCGCGUGGUCGCUCAUGCCUGUAAUCUCAGCGCUUUGGGAUCACUUGAGGUCAAGAGUUCGAGACCAGCUUGGCCAACAUGGCGAAACCCCAUCUCUACUGAAAGUACAAAAAUUAGCCGGGUGUGGUGGCGCGCGUCUGUAAUCCCAGCUACUCUGGAGGCUGAGGCAGGACAAUCGCUUGAACCCAGGAGGCGGAGGUUGCAGUGAGCCGAGAUCACGGCACUCAAAAGAAACGAAACGAAACGAAACUUUGCUGGUGAUGACCAUGUAGUGAUGAAAGUGAGCGUUUUGGAGCACAGCAAGGUGACUCCCCAUGUAAUUAGUAUAGGCAGAGAGUUUGUGCUCUAAAGGUUAGAAAUAAAUAUUUUCGGCGUGGUGGCUCAUGCCUGCAAUCCCAGGACUUUGAAAGGCUGAGCCAGGUGGAUCGCCUGAAGGUCAGGAGUUCGAGACCAGCCUGGCCAACACGGUGAAACCCGUCUCUAUUCAAGAUACAAAAAUUAGCCAGGCAGAAGAAGUCGCUUAGCUCUUCGCUGGUUGUCACAUGUCCGGAGGCCGAGCCGUCGCGUACCUAGGAUGCCGCGUGGAAGCCGAAGCCACACCUCCCGCAUGGCCCCUCCGGCCAGCCUGGCCCCUCAGAUGAGAGCUGCACCCAGGCCAGCACCAGUCGCUCAGCUACCAGCAGCGGCACCCCCAUCUGCAGUUGGCUCUUCUGCUGCUGCGCCCCGGCAGCCAGGUCUGAUGGCCCAGAUGGCAACCACUGCAGCUGGCGUGGCUGUGGGCUCUGCUGUGGGGCACACACUGGGUCAUGCCAUUACUGGGGGCUUCAGUGGAGGAAGUAAUGCUGAGCCUGCAAGGCCUGGCAUCACUUACCAGGAGCCUCAGGGAACCCAGCCGGCACAGCAGCAGCAGCAGCCUUGCUUCUAUAGGAUCAAACAGUUUCUGGAGUGUGCCUAGAACCAGGGUGACAUCAAGCUCUGUGAGGGUUUCAAUGAGGUGCUGAAACAGUGCCAACUUGCAAACGGAUUGGCCUAAUCAAGAAGUUCAACCUGGAGAGAUGGAAAAUCAGCUCUCAUAACUAAGUUAAUUUAGUAUAAAAAUAGAAUUGAUAGUAAGGGUAUAAAGUGUAACCAUCAGUUAAACUUCUCCUGUCAUUUCCUAGCUUUCUUGCUUCAGAAUUGAAAUGGAAGCGGGGGUGUUCCUACUCUGUAGAAUCUGGGACUGGGCAAAUGUUUGUGUGGCCUCCUUAAACUAGCUGUUAUGAUUUUAUUCUUUGUGAGUUAAUUAGAAUAAAGUCAUUUUCUUCCAAAAAAAAAAUUAGCCAGGCAUGGUGGUGCAUGCCUGUAAUCCCAGCUACUAGGGAGUCCGAGGCAGGAGAAUCACUUGAACCUGGGAGGCAGAGGUUGCAGUGAGCCGAGAUUGUGCCACUGCACUCCAGCCUGGGCAACAGAAUGAGACUCCGUCUCAAAAAAGUAAACAAAUAAUAAAUGUUUUCACUCCACAA